CGCGGCCCGGGGGCUGCGGGGAGCAGGGGGGCGGCCAGCGGCCGGUGGGCGGACAAUGGGGCGGCGGGGAGGUGGCGGCAGGAAGAUGGCAGCGGCCGGAGGCGCUGCGGGGCGCCCGGCGGCCGCCGCUCCCGCACGGCUCCCCUCCGCCGCCUGGCUGCUGGCCGCCGCCGCCGCCGCGCUGGCCGCCGUCAGAGUAUCAGCAGUAGAGGUCAACACACCGGAGGAGAUAUUUGUGGAGAAUGGGACAGACGCAAAGCUUCCAUGCACAUUUACAUCUGUUGAAGUGAUCAGCAGCGCAGCAUCUGUUUCUUGGAGUUUUCAACCAGAGGGAGCUGCAACUCGUAUCUCAUUUUUCUAUUACUUUAAUGGAAAGCCAUAUCCUGGAAAGGACAUACCAUUUAAAGACAGGAUCACGUGGGCUGGAGAUCUUAACAAGAAAGAUGCUUCUAUCAGUAUAUCAAACAUGCAGUUCCGGGACAACGGCACUUACAUUUGCGAUGUCAAGAACCCACCCGAUAUUGUUGUCAAACCAGGAGAAAUCCGAGUUAGAGUUGUGGAGAAAGACAGCCUGCCUGCGUUCCCCAUUGCCAUGGUGGCAGGGAUAGUCAUCGGUACGGUGACAGGUCUCUCACCGCUCAUCUCUAUUGUCGUGUGUCUUGUCAUCAGAAAGAACAACUCUAAAAAACGAUACUCUGGCUGCAGUACAUCUGAGAGCUUGAUGUCACCGGUUAAGCAGGCUCCACAGAAGUCACCCUCCGACACAGAGGGUCUGGUAAACACCGUGCCCGCCAGAUCACACCAGGGCCCAGUCAUUUACGCGCAGUUAGAUCACUCCGGAGGACAGCACAGCAACAAGAUUAACAAGUCAGAAUCUGUGGUCUAUGCUGAUAUUCGGAAGAACUGAGAUGAGAUCCUAAGCUAUCCAAAGGAAAACACACAUUUGGACUGGAAUUGCUGGAACAGGAUUUGACCCAGAGAACUCACAUGUGGCCUUUGAUGCCUAGGCUAGGACCAAUGCAUGUGCAUACAGAGGGAAAGAUAUAUAUGUAUUGUGUGUAAAUAGUCUAUUUAAUCGUACAGAAGUGAGACCAAUGUUGCAUGUUGAAAUGUGGUAAGAAUUUUGCUUAUAAAUUGCCAAUAUUCUUUUUUUUUAUCUUGUGUGACGAGAGAAAGUGAAAACUCGCAUCACAAUUUUAAAAUAUUUUUAUCUUGAUUAUUAAUGGAGAAACUGGAAGAUGCCUGAAGAUCCUAGACUGACCUGGAGAUUCUUGUUUUGCAUAUAGAGCCUAAUUUCUUUUGCUGAGGUGAAUACAAAGAAGGUAUCUCUUUACAUUCACAGAGUUCUUUACGUUUACAGGGUAUUCAUCUUUCCUUGGUCAGAUUCUCAGUACAGGCUGCCUUAUCAUAUAAACUAAACACUCUCACUUGGUCUUGUAAGCCAAACUGUGACUCCUAGCUAUCAGAAAUACAUGUCUUAGAGUGUAAGUGAAGGAAGUGUUUAGGCCUACCCAACCUGUGUAACACAGGUCAUGGGACUGUUUACUUCUGUAGAGCCCAUCUAUUCAAGCUUACUCUUCUAAGGUACAGGGAUAGUGUUGAUCUAAUGAAUUUUAUGAAAUGGUAGUUUACCUGUGAAAACUUAAGAGCUACUGAGUUAAAGGGAUAGGAAGGUAUAGCUGUAGGUGGUUGCCUCAAACUGUUGAACCUUUCAAUGAAAUAUUUCUUCCUUGAAGCUCUGUCAUUUCAUGUAAGUGUGAAAAAGGGCUCCAAGGGAUCUAGAAGCUCUAGUACUCCCUCACGUCUCUUCCCUGGCUCCGUUAUACCACUGUCACUUUCUUAUAGAUGCUUUGUCUGUUCUUAAAAGCCUGUAGUGGAGGCUGAAUGACCUCUGGAGAAAAUCUAGGGCUUCACUCUUUGCUUUUUUUGAUAUGUAGGUUUUGGGAUUAUUUUUUUUUGUAACCUGUAUUUGCACAGAGGAUGUGGAGGGCAGUUUAUUUCCUUCCUCUCUGCAAGUCUACUACUUGAAUAUAAUUUCCCAGGUUCUUGUUUCUAGAUUAAACUACUUGUAGAUUUCUAAGUAUCUCUGAUUGCUCUCUUCUGCUGAAGAGGAUCUUUCUUCAGCUCACCCAUUUGCAUCCUGAAAUCUGGUGCUCAAAACUAGAAGUGGCAUUCCAGCUGUGGUCUUCUCAGAGUAGCAUAUAGCAGAAAGAUUUCUAUUUUGCACAUCCUAAUGUGGUGUUGGCAUUUUUGUAGCAGCAAAUAAUUUUCAUUUUGAUCUACCACAACCCCUUCUCUCUGAUUCUUAUCCAUUUCCUAUUCAGGCCAUUUCACAGAAUCAAUCACAGAAUAGUUGAGGUUGGAAGGGGCAUCUGGAGAUCAUAUAGUCCAAACCUCCUGUUCUCAAGCAGCAUCAACUAGAGCAGGUUGCCCAGCGCUGUGCCCAGUUGGGUUUUGAGUAUCUUCACAGAUAGAACCUCUACAAUAACGGGGCAGCCUGUUCCACUGUUGGAUCACUUAAUGUUUCCUUGUGUUCAGGUGGAAUUUCCUGUUUUUAAAAUUUCUUUCCAUUGCCUCUUGUCCUGCCGGUGAGCACUACUGAGAAGCAUGUUGCUUCUAGUUCCCUCCCACUGAGUACUUAUACACAUUGAUGACAUUCCCCCCUAAGCCUUCUCUUCUUCAGGCUGAACAGUCCCAGCUCUCUCAGCCUUUCCAUGUAUGAAAGAUGCCUCAGCUCUUUUAUUGUAUUUCUGGCCCUGCACUGGACUUGCUCCAGUAAGUUCAUAUCUCGUUCUGAAGAGCCCAGAACUGGGCACAGCACUCCAGGUGUGGCCUCACCAGUGCUGAAGAAAGGGCAGGGAAGACUCCCCUUGACCUGUUGAGCAAUACUUUGCCUAGCGCAGCCCAGGAUGCCCUUUGCAGCUCGGGCACACUGCUAGCUCGUGUUCCACGUAGUGUCCACCAGGACCCCCACAGGGCCUUUUCUACAAAGCGGCUUUCCAGCCAGACAGCCCCCAGCAUGUAUUGUUGCAUGGUAUUGUUCUUCCCCAGGUGCAGGGCUUUGCACCUCUCCCUUUUUUCCAUUUUCAACGUAAUGAAAUUCCUCUUAGCCCAAUUCUCCAGCCUGUCCAGGUCCCUCUGAAUGGCAGUAUAACCAUCUGGUGUGCCAAUAGCUCCUCCUCAUUUUGCAUUCUCUGCAAGUUUGUCUCUACUGAAAAUAUGUUAUGGCUUUUUCAGACCUCAGUUGAAAAAUUGGUUUGAAUUCUCAUUCUGUCUUCCAGUGAGCUUGCAACACUCUUAGCUUGAUAUUUGCAAGCUUAAGCCUACAUUCCACUGUAAAAUCACAUAAAUGAAAAAUAACCUUAGACCCAUGGCAGACGCUUUCAGAACCACAUCAGAUAACCCUUUAAUUAUGAUAGCACAACUUUAAUAACUAUUUUGUGUACAGUGGUUUUCUCCCCAACAAAGUUGGGUGUGCCUGCACUAUAUUCUUUCUUCAGAAUCAGACUUCACUUGUUUCCUGCCAUCUGCCUUUGUUAGAAGCCUGAUUAAGAUAGAAUGAAUCCUGCUGCUGCUACUUUCCUGAUCUACCAGGCUGUUAACUUCCCAACGCUUGUUUUACACUUAAUAAGAAACAAAUGUUUUUGACAUGGUUGAUGGAGAAACUUGGUUUUGAUCUGUGUUCAUACCUGUGCAUCACUAUCUUUCUCACCGAGACAUUUUAGAGUAAGAGGGAGAAAUGUGAUGAAUGUAGUGAUCAAAAACUUGCUGCUAUGAAAAGAUAGGGCUGUCCAUGGCUCUGAAGUCUGCUACUAAUGUUUGUUUCUUUUCCUGCUGGAAUAUACUGGAGAACCUGAGCAUAAUCCUGAUCUGGUGCUUAUUUUAGAAGCAUACUUGAAUGGUGCUGACUUUAGGAGACAUGCUGAUUGGUGCUAACAUUAGGAAACACUCUAAUCUGGUUACUGCUAACUAACUUUAGGAAACCUCUCCUAUUUCUUUUGUUUAGCUACAGAUAUGUUCAUAUUGCCUCUCCGCUUUGUGAAGGCAGAAUUAACUUGGAAGUUAUUUUUUUAAAUGCUGAACAUCUUUUUUGAAAGAAACAAAAAGUCCCUUCCCCCAAGAACAGCAGAAAUCAAUCUGAAUCCCUCUUGUGUGAAGGCUGGUGGUUUUUAGUUUUGGUUUGUUUUUUGUUUUUUUGUUUGUUUGGUUGGUUGGUUUUUUUGUGGUGGAAACAUAAACAAUGUAGCUAUUAAAUAACUUAUUCAGGCUAAAGCCAAAGGGACUUGAGGCAAUGUGAAACACUUGCGAACUUUCUGUCCCUGAGGUUAUCUUAGCUUGUUUAAUCAUACGAUAACCUGUGCUGAUGAAAGGGACUGAUGCUAAGUUGGCUGUCUUUAAGUAACGUCUCAGGGGACAAAGGACUUCUACUUCCCUGAUAGGUAGCAGGCAGAGAUUAAAGUCAGACAAGGUCAUCGUAUGGUGAUGUUACGGUGACCAGAAGUUUACCUCUGCUCUACUGCUAUUCUCUUAAUUCUCUGUUGGUGAUCUCUGCAGCUGGAAAGACACAUCUUGGACUUUGAGGAACAAUUAAGUAUGUUGUAGUACUGCUGCUAGUUCUUUUUUAGGACCAUUAUUUUAAAAAUAAGUGCUGUGUGGCAGGCUUGCUGCAGCACAGCCAAGGGGCAGGCAGCCUCUCUUGAGGCAGUAGCAAAUUAAGACUCUUAGGUGGGUCAUCGCUCUUGGAUAGUGGAGUUGGGGAAGGUCUGUGUGAUGUAAAAGACUUGCAUUAUUUUUUUUUUCAUCACACAAAACAAAACUCGGAUCAAUCUGAAAUCCAUUUCUCAGCCAAGGGGGGCUGGAGAAGGUCUUUUAUGGGUAAAAGUGACCUGCCCAUUGUAGGAGUGCAGUUUCUAUCACCAGCCUGGGCUCUGGCAGCUAAACCAGCUGGCACCCCCUAGAGCCAGAGGUAUGAGGGGCAUCAUUCAUCUUCCUGGGUUUUAACAGAAAUGCAAAGAGUAAAUUGGAAGCUGUCCUCAGUGCCUCAAAUCUCCAUUGCCCCUUUUGACUUCAGCAGUUGUUCUGUGAGGGAGGUGGUCAGAACGUUCAUGGAAUGGCAUCAAGAGCCAUUACAGGGUGCAUAACGUCCCUUUAAGUAACUGAAUGAUGUGUCACUUAACAACUGAAGACCCGUAGGGUUUUGUCUUCUCUCAAAGCUUUAGUGGUACUUCAGUUUGUGACUAGAGUGCUGGAAUUAGGUUUUUAACUUUUUUUAAACCUGUGAGCACUGUUUAGGUAGCCAUCUGUCUUGUACCUGCAGUAAAUGUGUAUAUGCAACUUAGAAGCUGCAUUGCCUUAGAGUGGAUUCAUUGAGGUGAAGCAUGGGCUGUUUGAUUUAUAACCAGAACACCUUCACUCUGUAUUGAAAUCUUGUCUUGCAAUUUUACAUUAUUAAUGUAUCUACCUAGGACCUCAAAUACAAAACAUUCUUAUGGUGUAGUAGGUGAUGGAAAGGCUUUCUCUUGAAAACCAUCAAAGCUGAGAAGGUGGGUAAGAUUUCUGGGCCGUGGUCACACACCCCUGCGGUGCUAGUAUUUACGUAACGUUUUUAUAGGAGAGACUACAAAAACAUACUACCUAUGCUCAGCAAUUAGACUCUUUCUGAGGCUUCUCUUUCCCUUCUCUUCACUGCCCUGAAGCUAAUAAGCCUGUUCAUUUAAAGGUAUUUUUGCACUCUGAAAUUUAAGUUCAAUACCUUAGGAGAUCAGUGUGCUGUGCAAUCUUUUCUGUCUCCCUGCAAUGCCAGCUAUUUUUAUGUGGUAAAUGUAUCGGAAACAUAGGCUGAAUUCUUUUGUAAACCUCUGUCUUGGAGGUAUAUGCAAGAGAAAGAACGUGUAAGACAGGUGUAUAAUCUGUGUGAGGGAGCUGCAUUGCAUGGCCUGAUUACAUGAAGAGCCAGUGUUCCAGCUCUUAGUGCUUUUGCUUUUACAGACUCAUCUGGAAACAGUUAUCUUGGAUAUUUUUUCUUGAAUGAACUUUCAUGUUUUCUAUUGUAAUCUUGUGAAUAUUUUAAUACACUCUUUUUUUUUCCCCA